UGAAGCGACUACUACUGUGCGUUUAUUGUGACUCGUCGUCAUUGUUGGUGUGUUGGUGUGUUGUUUGUGGAGAUGGUUGAGCAAAAAGACCGGAAUAGCUCUAUUCCCGUAGAUGCUAUCAGUAAUUUAAGAAUCACUUCUAUCUGGACAUUCUUAUUAUCUAUUGAAUGGUCUGAGUCAUGGCUCAUUGGACUACUGACUUUCCACGGUUUCUGUCUCUUGGUAACAUUGAUAACAUUCAGGUUUUACAGACUUCAGAUAUUUCAUUUUCUCACGAUGGUGGGGAUGGUGUACUGUGCAGAGUACAUAAAUGAAAUGGCAGCAAUUUAUUGGAGGUCAUUUUCUAAACAUCAGUACUUUGAUUCAAGAGGAAUGUUUAUCUCAUUAGUUUUUUCAGCACCCCUUUUGCUAAAUGCAAUGAUGAUUGUGGUUGUGUGGGUGUACAGAACGUUUACCACAAUGACGGAGCUGAAGACUUUGCAAAUCAAAAGAAAAGCAAAUAAAGAAAAAAGAAGGAAAGCAGACUAAUCCAACACUUCAGAGUACAGCCACAGUAUACACAUUCAUUCCGGGUUUAGCUUUGCAAUUGAAACAUUCUUUUAAAAUGCAUUCAUAUUAUCAUCACCAGCAACAAAUUCCCCCAGUCUGUCCAGUAGUUUAUUUAUUUCAGUGAGUAUUGAUGUGCUUUGAUUGGCAUGUGCUGUAAGUAAAUUCCUAGAUAAAAUCAUUUCAGUUAGUAUGUCCCAAUAUCUUAAAUACAAGUGGCAGUCAUGUAUUCUUUUGGUUAUUGUCAUAAAUGACUUCUAUUACAAGUAGGACUUCUCUGCAAAUCCCUGCUUUUGCUAAAUAAACGGCUUUACAAAUGUUUUAAAGGAUGUUAUUUAAUUUGUAUCUUCCUGUUUGUCAUGAAACAUAAAUGAUCAUGAGUACAAAAUAAAGCCUUUUUUAAAAUACAAAA